AUGGUCACACAAAACCAUCCAUCAUCUAUCACAAGCCAGACUUCACCAAGAGAUAAGAAUAAUGAUUACUAUUACAUCUAUGAGGAGUCUCUCCUCAACACAAAAAGUCGGGAUUGUGACAAGUCAAAGUGGGUGAAAAAGAUUCCUGAUUACUUUAUUACUGACGUCAGGAGUUUGAGGAAGACGUUGGAGUCAGAUGGAAUUGAACAAAAGACUCUUGGAUUGAAACUGGAGCGACUCACAGAAGUGCUAGAAGAUGAAUCAAACAAUUUGGAUGUGCACUUGUUUGUCAUUGAGACUGUGAUCAUACCGUUUUACCCUGUUAUUCUUGCCAAUGACCGGUCAUCGGGAAUUUUAUCGAUUGUUCUAGUUUGCCAGGCAGUUUAUUGUUCACUUUUAAGCACUGAACAGAAGACCAGUUUGCUGACUGUCAUUACCAAACGAAAGCCGAAUGAUCAGAUGAAGCCGGAGUACUAUAGCAUUGAUCGAUCUCUAAGGGGAAAAUGCAAAUUUCCUUUUGCUGAUGAGCACCUGGUAUCGUACAAUAAAGUUCCCUUUGAGGUAGAUGAAGUUUUAAUCGCAGCUAUUCAACAUUCUCCGGAACGUUACAGCGUUCGAGAAGUUGACUGUAUUUACCAGUUAAUGGAUGCAGUGAUGUCAGAAUUUUCCGCAGAGUUUGUCAUUCUAACAAGUGAAAAUUUUAAAAUUUUGCUUUCUCGUGCUUGCAAACCGCCAAGGAUUAAAUGCAUAAAGGAAGAUGGAUUUAGAAGUGGUCUCCAGGAGAAGGAUUGGAAGGGAAAGCUGAGUUUUGACCUUCCAUCUUAUUGUGAUCCCAACACUUUUAAAUCAUGUACUUGGGAUGAUGGAGUUGUUGGGAAGAAAUGGACAACAAGCGUUCAUGCAAGGAAGUGUGGUAAGGCGGCUGCUCUAGCAUUACUGUCGGCUUUCUAUGACAUUAAGUGCAAUGAUCAUAACACGGAUCCAUGGAAUACUGUAAUUGGAGCAAUUUGCAGUUUAUUUGAAGUUCGCAGCGAUGAAUUUAGAGACGAUGAUUUAGCUGCAUUUUUGACUAGUCUUGCGUUCAAGCGCAUGAACUUGGUUGCAGCAGUAUUGAACACCAUGAUUGAGUACAAGGAGUCUGAAGACAACUUAGAAGAGAGAUCAUCGUGGCUUCUAAAUCCCACACUUUUCUGCAAUCUUAUUUCUCCAUCGACAGCAGCUCCAGAGAGCUACUUUGAUGUCGUUUUGCCUGAAGUCAAUGAUGUUAUCGUCGAGUGGUCCAAGCGGUGGCAAGGUGCUCAGAUAACCGAGUUUUUGUUGUUUCUCCUCCGAAAGCUCACAGAGUUUGCUGAUAUAAUAAAUGCAACAUUUUCUGUAUUGGCACAACUGCUUCUAGAACUAAUGAAUCGAGAUUGGAACAUACUAGAGAAAGUUCUCAGCCAUCAUGGAGACUCUGCUUUUGAUUUGUUGCUAAAGUGUUCACUUGCAAACGUUCCUGGAGCUCGAGAUCUGUCGGUUCGAGCAGCUCAGUUUUCCAAAGGAAGAUGGAUUCAAUUGACUUUGUCUGAACUGUCUUCGGCUCUGUCUAGUGAGGUAAGGAGUUUCUGGAUACUGAGAUUGCGUGCAGUGUUCAUUUGUCUUCUAAGCUACUGUUACAAAGGUGCACGGCCGUACGUUCACAUUUUGUUUGCCUUCAUAGUUUGUCGCUCUAGCACUCACACUCUGCGUCAAUGUAUGCACCUACCGUUUUUAUUAUUUGGUUCUGGCUUUUCUUAGUUUGGUUUAGGCGUUCGUGUCGUGAUUUUGUAACUGUACAGAUUUGCUGAC